UACACUCCACUGUGGAGUAUGUUUUUAUUUGUUAAUGCUAAGGAGCAGAUUUCUCUCGAAGUAAAAACAAGCAGGAAGCACAAAGGAGUAGCAGGCUGGGCACUGCCUUAACAAUCUCAGCAGCAUUAUGCAGUCACAACUCCCUUUGUCACUAAGCAACAAGAAGUUGACCACUGAGAGUCUCUUACCUCAGACAUAGCCUCAAAAAGACAAGAGGAAGGUUUGCUUUUUUACUUCCUGGAAGGAUGCAAAGUGCAUUAGUAGGCUCCUGGCACAACACUGGCUUCUAUGGGCACUACAGAGGCCAAUUCAAGAGUGAAAGUGCUCAAGAAUACCGCCUUGCAGCCAAGCCCCAGCCUCCAGCAGUGUUCCUGCAGCGAUGUCAGGAGCCAGUGCAGCGACACUUCUUCUCCAAGCAUGACAACCGUACGUCUUUCGACAAAGGCCCCUACUGCCUGCUACAGGGAAUCGGAAGGCGGAAGGACCUGGACCGCCUGUGGCAACGGCACACCUUCCUGCGCUGGGCACCCUGUGAGCUGGAGUUGAGCCAGCAGCGUCCUCUUGAAUCCUCCUACCAGGCCAAUUUCCAGUCAGGCCCAGGAGUCAGUGACUUCCCUCAGCGUCUUGUCCACUUUGUGCAGAUACAGCCUCCCCGUACCAGCACCACCUACCAGCAGAACUUCUGCCAGCCAUCCUGGGGUGGCUACUGUGGCAACAACAUGGGGUCAGUCACCGACACACUGCCUGACCUCCCAGGGAUCCCAAGACCCAAGCUGCUGCAGCAUUACCUUCAUGCUGGGGUCUCUGAAUGUCUAAACUGGUCCAGAGCAUUAAACAAAGACGGAUGACACAGCGGUCUGUCUGUGCUUGCAGUCCAAGUGGUCUUAGAAGCUUCAGAGCAGUAAGGCCCAUGGCACAUCUGUGCUGGGCAGGGGAGGUGCUGCCCUGGGAACCCUGGCACUGAGCAAGAAGGGAUAAAGCCUGCAGGAGGUUACGGGUUACCAUGGCUGCAGCAGAUCAGUUCUGGGACCCGAAAUCCAUUUCUGCAGUAAACCCAGAUGUGAGACCCUUGCACUCUUGUGGCUGCAGGGAAAGCAGAGUCAGUGGGCCCUAC